AUGCUUCACGGACCGUUCCCUCCAUCAAAUGGAAAUCAAUAUAUACUUGUGGUUGUGGACUAUGUGUCCAAGCGGGUUAAGGAAGUAGCUUUGCCUACUAAUUAUGCGAAAGUGGUGCUGAAGUUUAUGAAAAAGCAUAUCUUUACUCGAUUUGGAACUUCUAGAGCAAUAAUCAGUGGUGGGGGGACACACUUCAUAAAUCAAUUGGUGAAUAAUGUCUUAGCUAAAUAUGGAGUAAGGGAUGAGGUAGCUACAACGUAUCACCCUCAAACUAGUGGCCAAGUAGAAGUAUCAAACCAGGAGGUGAAGCAGAUUCUACAGAAAAUAGUGAAUGCCCAAUGGAAAGAUUUGGCAAUGAAGCUUGAUGAUGCAUUAUGGGCGUACAGGACCACCUAUAAGACACCAAUAGGUACUUCUCCCUAUCACUUGGUGUUUGGUAAAGUGUGUCACCUUCCAGUUGAAUUUGAACAUCAAGCUUACUGGGCAGUGAAAAAGUUGAAUCUGGAUUCGGAACUAGCCGAGAGAAAAAGGAUGGGUCAGCUACAUAAAUUAGAGAAAUUAAGACUCCAUGCCUAUGAAAAUGCUAAGCUCUAUAAGGAGAAGACUAAACGAUGGAAUGAUAAGCAUAUGGUGCCCCAACUUUUUGAGCCUGGGCAAAAGGUAUUAUUGUUUAACUCUAGAUUGCGGUUGUUUCCAGUUAAGUUGAAGCCAAAAUGGAGCGGACCAUUUGAGGUGGUGCGCAUGACCGACCACGAAGCUGUAGAGUUAUGGAAUGAAGGUAACCAAUCCACGUAUCGUGAAUGGAUAGAGGGUGAAGCAUUAUUUCGAACAAGAGGUGGAUCGAGAAGAAGAAAGUUUGGAGCUGAGCAAUGA